AUGUCUCUUUCAUCGGAGUACUCUGCCGCCGGUUAUUUGUUCUGCCGCGAGGACGCUGCCGACGUGUUGUGCUGCGGUGAAGAUGUGUCGAUCUCCCGCCACCCUCCAUCACCAUCAUCUUACCUCCCGCUCUAUUCUCCGCCGUCCGAGGAGAUCACCAUCGGCGAACUCAUCGACGUAGAGUCACACCUCAUGCCGAGCCAAGAUUACCUGAAUCGCCUCCGUGAUUGUCCGAUCGACUUCACCAAUCGCCAGAAGUCCACUAACUGGAUCUUCAAGGUGCACGCCCAUUACCAGUUUCGUCCGGUGACGGCGUUACUCUCCGUCAACUACUUCGACCGUUUCCUCUCGUGCUCUUCUCUUCCGCCAGCUGGGUGGCCGUUUCAGCUAUUAUCAGUGGCGUGCUUGUCUCUUGCGGCGAAAAUGGAGGAACGUCGAAUCCCGAACUUGCUAGACCUGCAAAUAUUCGAUCCCGGCUUCGUUUUUGAAUCCAAGUCGGUUCAGAGGAUGGAGCUCUGGAUCAUGUCCCAACUCAACUGGAGAUUGCGAUCUGUCACGCCCUUCGAUUACCUCCAUUACUUCUUCUCCAAGCUCCCUGCGUCCUCAUCCGAUCCUAAACCCGGAUCGGCGACCCGGUUGUUCAGAGCCUCCCAGUUCAUUCUUACCACCACCCGCGUGCUCGAUUUCUUGAGAUUCGCACCGUCAAGUAUUGCCGCCGCCGCCGUGCUCUGUUCGGCCGGCGUAGCCUCUGACGUCUACCCCCAAUCACUGCCGUUUUUCAUGACAGCAUGA